UGCGCUCUUUUUUCCCCCUUCCAACCAAAAAUCCCCAAUCUAAAAAAUCCCUAAUAUUUUGAACCAAAAUCCCUAUCAAAAACUCUUAUUACGACUCUCUCUUUUUCUCUAUCUCUCUCUCAACUGUGAGUAGCAGUAGACGGCGAUGAGCAUCGAAUCAACGGCGUCGAGCGACAGCAGGGAGCAGUGUAAGACGACAUCGAGCAGUGUGCGACGACAAUGAGCAGCAAACGACGGCGGCGAGUGAUGACGACGGUACGACGUGUCUCUCUUCAACUUUCUCAGUCAGUCUUAAUCUUUGAACCAGGUGGUAUCCCAUUGCCAAUAUUUUCUGAGUGGUGGUUAGCCAAAGAAAAGUUCUCUACAAUUGAAGCAUUUAUUAUAUCUUCAUUUCCUGGAGCAAUAUGUCAAGGUUGCAAUGGGUUGAGCAUUAAAUAUCAGGUUGCACUUAGAGAUGCAAAACAAACAAAAGAUGGGGUAGAUGAGGAAAUUGCUUCCCUCUGGCCUGAACUUAAGCAUAUCACACUACAGGAGAAAGUUGUUCUUAAGCGGUGUUGGCUUGCACGUUAUUGGGGUUCAGCUGCACGAAAUGGUAUCUAUGCAGCUAUUGCAGUGUCAAAACAUGAGUACUGGUCAGCUUUAGCACCUCUUCAUUUUGAAGUUGUUGUUUCUGCAGGGAAAAAGGCUAAAGAGGCAUGCUGGGAUAAAGCUUAAUGUCAUUGUCUUUUCAUAGCAGCAAAUAUUAUGAUUCUUAUUAUUUGUUUGAUAAAGACUAUAUUUUCUUUAUUAUAUCAUUUCUUUUAAUCACAUUUGAAGCCUUUGUAUCUACAAUGCUGAGCAGGCGAUGAGAAUCUUGAGAGGAGCAAACUAGUUCAGGACUCGAACGAUCUUACUGGAGAAGGAAAUAUAAAGAGUGUGCUUUCAGUUGAAAUGGGCUUGAAGGAGCUUGCAUCAUUGAAGGUUUCCUUUUGAAGUAUAAGAUCAAAUUUUGUUUCACUUUCAUCCUUUAUUCUUAGUGCUCUUCAGUAAUUUUGGUUCUUCAAACCAGGCCACUUGCUUUUCAGUUGUGUUUAUGAUAUUAUAGUAUUUAUUUCUUGGAAUUGUCGUUAUACCUACUCACAUGUUCUGUGGUUGCUCUU